AGAAUACAAAGAAAACAUGUCACAGAAAAAGCAUGUAAAGGACUGGGAAGUUAAACCACGCAGAGUUACCGCCCUUGACCCUGGCAAUACCAGAAUCACAGAGCAGUUAGAAGCUUUCAAAAAACACACCGCCGAGGUAGAAAAGUCGAAUGAAAUUUGUAAAAAAUUUAUUCGACUAAAGAACAAAGAUCGCUUGAUGGAGGUGGCUAUGAAUCACAUAGAAAGCAGUCGUUCUACCAUUGUGAACGUGGACGGGGUGCGCUUCCUGUGCCACGAUGUGGUUCUUUCGCUUUUUUCGAAACGUUUGAUAGAGAAAAUGCAAAAGGGAUGCCUGUACUUCGAGACCCCAGAGCUGGCAUCUCGUGCCUUCGAUAAAAUAUACCGCUGGAUGCAUGGGGAGUCCAGGGUCUUGCAAAGCUUUGACCUGUCAGUUUUUAGAGCUGCUCGAUUCCUGGCCAUUCCCGAAUUGCUCGAGCAGAUGUGGAAGCUACUGGAGAAAAAGAAUCUGAUUGAAUACGAUGCAUUCGAGAUGCUCUGCAAGUCGCGCAAGGUGCAUGAGAUCGAGGAGCUGCAUGGAUUGUUGGUCAAUCGCAUUACCAAGUCGACGGUGGUCAUAUUUUCCUCUCCUCAGUUCCUGCGGCUCAGUGAGAUUCAAGUGACGCUUUUCCUGAAGUCGGAUCGCUUGGCAGUCAACUCCGAAAUGGAAGUCUUUUAUGCUGGUUUGUGCUGGCUGAAAUACAAGUGGCCCAAGCGUCGUGGCAGCGUUGGCAAAGUCCUGAAGAGCGUCCGCUAUGGGUUCAUGCCCAUACUCAUGCUAAAGAAGUUCAUGUUGACAGAUCGCACGCUGAUCGGUCCGUUCGGAGAUAUACUGGAUCUGUUCAUAAAGCUACCCGACUUCAAGAAGAUCCUAGCGGAUGCCAUGUUCUACAGCAGCGUUUUGACAAAAACUUUAAUGGAACCGGACUGUUUGAGCGACAGGCUUGCAAUGACCCGAAUGCAGCUUCUUCGCCCUCGCCGUUGGAUGAUCGAUACGCGCUGCGAAUACCAUCGCCCUGUAUGCGCGACCAUACCGAAUAUGUUCUUUGUGUCGUGGGAUGAGUUUAUAAACUACAUGUUUUUGCUGCAAAAUGAGAAAACCAAUAUCGACGACUGCAUUCGCUGUGUAGAUGAACCGGAGCAUGGCGUCGGAGCUCUGUCGCUCGCAGAACUAGAUCUCCAUAGCACCAAAUUUUCUCAGAUUUCGCUAUUGUCGAAGAACACAUCAACCACUAAUUUGGCAAGCAGCAUCAAAGACUCUUUCGCUGCCACAUCACUACGUUCCAAGGGCACAUCUGCAUGGGAGGGCCUCCUGUCCUCCGCCGAGGAUGACGAAUUCUCCUCCUCUGAUGAGUAGAAUACUCGUCAUAUUACAUUGAAGGGCCUUCUAAAGGCUUCCUCAAUGCCACAACAAUUUUAAAAAUUUUGUUAGUAAACUAAUAUUUAUAUUG